UCAGGAAAGUUUUGUUUGCAGAUUUUUAAUCUCUGGAAACAGAUAGUUUCGAUUUCGUUUCUCUGAAAUGAUGUAUCUGUUGGAGUACUAUAUCUAAGGCCACUGGCCAGGUCACUCAGUUUUGCUUUCUUCUUCUUCUUCUUCGCAAGAGAUCUGGGAGAAGCACCACCUCCCACCAUGGCCUUUGAGACAAUCCGGAGGGAGCGUGAGAAGCUCCUUGUCUUCCUAGACAGAGCGCCGGAUCUCAUCUUGGAUGAUGCAGCCUCCCAGGGCUUCAUCUCAGAGACGGAGUACAAUGAUUUGGAUAAGCUCCAGAGCUCAAAGGAGAAGAUGCGCAAACUCUUGGUCAAGAUCCAGCGCAAGGGAGAAGAGACUUGCCAGCAGUUCCUGGAAGGUGUACGGAGUCUCUUUCCAGAUUUGCCUCCUGCCUUAUGGCCUCCAGCAAGCACUUGCUCUCCUUCAGGAUGCUCAGACCAAAAGUGUAACCCUCCUCCUGCUGAGGCUGCGAGUGAGAAGAAUGAGCCAGAAAAUCCAGACUUGGUGGUUUCCUUUCCACUGAAUGGAAGCAAGAGCUCAGAAGCUUGCUCUCCUACAGGAUGCUCAGACCAAAAUUGUAACCCUCCUCCUGCUGAGGCUGCGAGUGAGAAGAAUGAGCCAGAAAAUCCAGACUUGGUGGCUUCCUUUCCACUGAAUGGAAACAAGAACUCAGAAAAAAAUGUACCCACCACUGAAGAGCCUGAAGUAGAAAUUAUGGAGGUGGAUCAUCCUGAUGGGACAGUCAAGAGUUUUCUGAGGAAGUUGGGGCUCAGCAAACAAAGCAGAAGAAAGCUCACCAUGGGAGAAAUCCUAGAAAUUGACUCAGAAAGUCUCAAAACCAUGGUUCCUCAGACGCUGGAAGAUCUACCAUGGCAUUUCUUGAGGAAACUCAUGGCCCUCAAUGGAACAGCUAGAAAUACAAGCCUUGUGUCAAAGGUUGAAGAAGCUUUAGAUCAAGGUGACAAUAAGGAGGAUGAGCUAUUUACUCUAAGUGAAAUGAACACAGGGGUUUCUGUGAACCCUCUUGAUGUUCUUUGUGCCAUAUUACUAAGUUCUGAUAGUUUCCUUCAGCAGGAGAUUUUGCUUAAAAUGUCCAUGUGCCAGUUUGCCCUUCCUUUGAUACUACCUCCCCUUGAAACUCCCAAAUGUACCUUCAUGCUCUGGGCCAUGAGGGACAUUGUGAGAAAAUGGCGGCCCCACUCCUUAGCUGAGAGUAGAAGCUUCAGAGAGGAGAACGUAGUGCUUAUUUCCAUGCCAACCAUUUCCUUCGUGCGGAUGGGAACUUGCACUCUCUCCAAAUCCAAACUUCUUAAUGAAGUCCUCAGCUCCCCUCAACACCACCAUGAUUUCUUUGUACACCGUGAUGUUGACUGUGGGAAUGUUGCUCGAGAGAUUAGUAAUGGGCUAGUGGAAGUGUCCUGGUAUUUCCCUGGAGGGAGGGAAAACUCGGCUCUGUUCCCAGAGCCUGUAGCAAUAACAAACCUGCGUGGAGACAUAGAGUCACAUUGGAUGCAGUUCAGUCUUUUAACUGAGGUAUCAUCAGCUGUGUUCAUUUUUGUUGAGAACAUUUCCGAAUCAGAAUAUAAUAUGCUGUCGACUCUCCAGAAACUGGCAUCUAAAUGCUACUUUGUCUUGAACACGGAAGGAGGAAAAUCAAAGGAAGCACUGGGGUUUCUUAACAAACUAGCGCCAGUACUGAACUUGAACAGAUCACAGUUGCUGAUGAAAGAAAAAAAACAAAAUAUCACAGAAUUUGUGAAGAAGCUCCGUUCAGCCAUGAGCAAUAUAGUGUGCUCUCAUCAGAAAGUGGUGAAUAUGGAAGAAAUGGCCAGUGUAAGUCGAGAGCUGGGGAUUGAGAUAGAUGAGGAUGCACAUGACUGUCAGAAUGGGACUCUGCAUGCCAAGGAAAUCGUUGAAGAAAUAGAAGAUGUUGCAAACUACAAGAAGGAAAUGCUGAAACUCCAAGGGGACUUGUGGAGAAAUGUGGCCAAGGUGGAGAAAGAGCUGUGCAGAAUGAAAGGACAAGCUGACAUACCAACAGAAGAUUACAAAUCUCAGCUAAGAGAGAAGCGGAUACAAUUGCGUAUACAGCAGAAUCAAUGUGACCUUACUAAUGGGAUAACAAAAUUUAUCAAUGGAAUCCAGCAUCUUUGCCCAGUGGAGAAACAUUUCUUUCUAAAAUGGAUGAAGUUCAGAUUAGAUCAUGUUGCAAGGGCAAACCUUUUAAGACUGCGGGAAGAAUAUAAAGAGAAAUGCCGCACGACAAGAGAUAACACAUGGCAAUUAAAACAGCUGGAUGAAUUAAUUUCCAUCAGUUCUUUAGGGGUAGAACACUUCAUGCGUGAGUUGGGACAGUUUUAUGAAGCAGAGUACAUGAUGGUGAACGAAGGUAAAAUGUCACAGAGCCAAAGGCAAUUUGUCCAGCUACCAAGGAUAGCUGCUGACUUGAUGCUAGAAGGAUUUCCAAUAGAGCUGAUUGAUGGAGAUGCCUCUAACAUCCCCUUGCAAUGGGUCACUGAUGUUUUGAAUGAGCUCCAUGUUAAGCUAGGAGGCAAAUCUAGGAUGCAAGUUCUGACUGUUCUUGGUGUACAAAGCACUGGCAAAUCCACUCUUCUCAAUACUAUGUUUGGACUCCAGUUUGCUGUCAGCAGUGGUCGAUGUACUCGGGGAGCAUUCAUGACGCUCCUUAGAGUCACAGAGAAUUUACAGCAAGAAAUUGGCUGUGAUUUUGUCUUGGUGAUAGACACAGAAGGUUUGAAAGCCCCUGAGCUGGCCAAACUAGAGGACAGCUAUGAGCAUGACAAUGAGUUGGCAACCCUAGUGAUUGGACUCAGUGACAUAACCAUAGUUAACUUGGCCAUGGAAAAUGCCACUGAAAUGAAGGACAUCUUGCAAAUUGUGGUCCAUGCAUUUUUGCGGAUGGAGGAUAUUGGGCACAAACCCAAAUGUCAGUUUGUGCAUCAGAAUGUCAGUGAUGUUUCUGCCCAUGAUCAGAACAUGAGGGAUAGAAAACACCUCCUUGAACAGCUCAAUGAAAUGACCAAAGCUGCAGCCAGAAUGGAGAAACAAUACAGAGAAGUGUCCUUUUCAGAUAUUAUGGACUAUGAUCCAGAAAAAGACAACUGGUACAUUCCUGGCUUGUGGCAUGGAGUCCCACCCAUGGCUCCAGUGAACCUGGGAUACAGCGAGAGUGUAUCAGAAUUGAAAAGGUACUUAUUUGACUUCAUGAGGAUCAGUUCACAAAAUAGGUUUUCUAAAGAUAUCCCCCAUUUUGUUGAAUGGGUAAAAAGCUUGUGGAACGCUGUAAAACAUGAAAAUUUUAUCUUCAGCUUCCGUAACAGUCUUGUGGCUGAUGCAUAUAACCAGCUCUCAGUGAAGUAUUCAGAAUGGGAGUGGGAUUUCCGGAAAGAGAUAUAUCUCUGGGUGUCUAAAGCUGAUACUUCAAUUCAGAAUCAUUCCUUAGAAGAACUAGAAGCUGAUGUACUUGAUAAAUUAAAGCUUGAGGCUUCUCACAGACUAGAUGCUGGAGAGCAAAAACUGUUACAGUGCAUACAGAGCUAUUUUGAGAGUGGUGGAGAAAGUUUGCCCCUGAUAGAAAAAUAUAAAGAAGAUUUCAUCAGAAGCGCAAAGUUACUUCGCAACCAUCUGGAGAACUAUUCAGUUACCAAGUGCCAGGAGACCAUUCUGAUACGUAAGGGACAAGGUAAGAUAGACAAUCUGCAGGCUAAGUACUUAAGCAUCAUAGAGAGGAAGGUAAAGAAGCUCUUGGAAGAAUGUAAAGAAAGAGAAUGCAAUCUGAAUUCUGAGGAACUAAAAUGGGAGUUUGAGAAAACAUGGAAGGAAAUCUUAGAAGAGUUGCCAGCUACUACUUUAACUCACCGAAAAAUUCAUGCAGAAGUGUUCUAUCAGCUCAGAAAAGAUUUAGAGUCUCGGGGUAGCUUGGCAAAUCAGAUUUUCCAGGAGUUAAUUAACAGUUCAGGCCAUAGUGGGACACAUUUCAUCAUGAAAAGGGAAUAUAUAGAAAUGUCAAUCGUUAGAAGAGUGAAAGGUAUAUUCAAGGAUUAUCUAGGUGAACUUGAGAUUGCUACCAUGUCUCUAACUGAAAUGUGUAGAAAUUAUGUUUCAAAGAAAGUCAGCCUGAAAGGAGACUAUGAUGAAACAUAUUGUCGUGAAUUAUUGAGGAUAAUUAAUCAAGAACUUCAAGAGAAAGAUUUUCAGAGACUUCAUAUUACCAUUUGCUUUGUGGUAGAUGUGAAAUAUCACAUUCUAAAAGAGGCAGCUGAUUGUUUUCAGAAGAUGCACGAUGCCUUCUACAGGGCAAACAAUCUUCAUCAACGUCUGGAAAACCUCAAACACAACUAUUUUUCCAUCUUCCAAGACCUUUACUAUGAGAAAGAUGCGUGCCAAAAGAGAGCCAGGGAUUUUUGUGACGUGUGUCUAAAGCCAGCUCUAGUAGAGUACCUCAACAAGAGGCUUGGGAUAGACAUAGUUGAUGAUUUUCUCAGUAGUGGGCAAUCCAUUCACUAUGGGAGUCGGAGCUUCUUCCAGUUCACGGUGCAGAAGAAGUUGCUAGAAGAUGAAAACUUUGGUGACUAUGUGAAGUACAUAAACCAAUAUGAACAGUUUGUCAAAUUUUGGAUAGAGGCAAACCUAUUGGACCACUUUGGGCAAAGGCAAGAUCUAGCAGUCUUGGAAAGAGAGAUUCUAUCUGCUGUGAUAAAGAAAAUCAAGGAAGCUGUGGAGAGUUGUGCAAAGGAAACUGUGACUUUGCCUGAAUUCCUGGAAUGUUUCUGCCAUGAGAUGAGUGAAGAGCUGGUUAUUUCUAAGGAUUCUCUGGAUGUUAUCCUGUUCAACAAUACUGCCAAAGUUGGACCUUUCUCAGCUGAUGUCCUGGAUUUUAUCUCUGAAGUGAUGGAAAUUAUUCUUGCAGAGCAAUUUGAGAUGAAUGUUGAUACGAUACUUCAAAAUAUUUCAUUCAAGCCCCAAGAUGAAAUCUUCAAGCGUGUCUUUGGCUGUGGGAAGCAGUGUCCCUUCUGCAAAGUCCCAUGUGAAGCUGGAGGUGGAAGUCACCAGGAACAUUUUGCCUCGGUCCAUCGACCUCAAGGGUUGGGGAGGUAUAGAUGUGCUGAUACCGAGAAGCUGGUAUAUUCCUUAUGUUCCUCCGAUGUCACCUCUAAUGGCAAUUUCAGAAACUGGGACACAAAUCAGCAGUGGCAUCCCUAUAAAGAAUAUCGUCAGUACUAUCCUGACUGGCGCAUACAGCCUGAUGUUAGCAUCACAGCCUCGGACUACUGGAAGUUUGUAUUCAACAAGUACAAUCAGCAGUUUGCUAAAGAGUAUAAAGCUCUCCCUGCUGAUCUCCCUGAGGAUUGGAAGAGAAUCACCAAGCAGCAAGCAUUGGGAAGCAUCCAAGAAGCCUUUAACAUGAAUGAAUAAAUGACAGCUACUGCUAGUGUCAACUUUAAACCCAAGUAUCUGAUCAGGCUGAUGGAACUACUGACCUACAUCCAAUUCCUAGUCCUAACUCAUGGUAUGAUAUAAGUGUUGAUUUUUGUAGGUAUGGUCUAGUUGG